AUGGUCCUCACAUUAGAGUCAGAGAAAGCGGCCCAAUUUCUACGAUUUCAGAAUGUAAAGGAAGAAAAAGUCGAGGAUUUACCAGACACGAUGGCAGACCUUAUGGCAAAGGCUUUGGGAAUAGGAAAGGAUGAGAUGACAGAUAAAUUUCUUUACAUCCCAGAUCAAGCGGAAAUGGUUUUGUCUGCAGUUCAGAAAUCUUUGCCAGCAGGUCAACAGAAGCAUUAUUCCACAGAGAAUCAAGAGGUGAAUAAACUUCUCUUAGAGAAAGAAGCCUUACAACAGUGUCUAGCUCAACAAGAGAAACAAUAUAGCAUCAGGAUUAAUAAUCUAAAGUCAGAGUUGAGCAAAAAUAAGAAAGAUAUGGAUGCACUGAAACUCUAUUUAAAUAAGUUACUGAAAGAAAAAGAUGGCUUAAAGGUUCAUAAAUUCAAAGUGGAAGAAAGCAUUCAGUUUUCAGACACCGCUGAUACAACAUCAUUACAGAUUACUGAUUUUGAAGACCACCAUCAACUUUUAAUUGACGAGAAUGCUAGUAUGAAGAAACAUCUCCAAAAUUUUAACAAGAUGCGAGAAAUGACAGAGAUGUUACAGGAAAACCAUAGAAUAUUGAUUUCUACCAAUGAGCAUCUCUUAAAACAAUUAAAUGAAAUGCAUUUAAAACAUAAAGCUGAGGUGGAGCAGCUACAUUGCAACUACGAUCAGUUAAAGAAAACAAUGAAUAAUCUGUCUCCUAAGUUGAACAAUGAUAAUUAA